GAAAGAGGCAAAGAGCCACGGAGGGAGCGACCGGGAGCGACCGAGAGCGACGGAGACCGUUCGUUGAUAUAGAUCGUUGCCACUUUGGCCUGUCAUCAUCACUUUUUCGUGGACUGCACACACACACAUACACACUGGCAGUCUGGCAGAGCAUUAAGUUGAGACUCGAAACCCGUAAAAGCCGAAACGUGAAAACGCCUCGCUGGCCCCAUCAUCCCUCGAUCCACUUUGAGUAAUUGAUCCACGGUCCCUCUUCAUCCCGCCGAGAGCAUGAACGGAACCUCCGGAACGGGCGGGGCCCACGUCGCCUCCGGAAAAAACCCGUUGCGUGACAAGUUGGACGACGAUAUCUUGGAUUUGAGUCUUAUGCAGCUCCAAGAAGUGCCCGUAAAAGACAUCAGCGGUUUGACCCGAGGCACGACUCUGGACUUGUCCAACAACCAGUUGCGAACCUUGCCGGAUUCGUUCGUCAUGUUGAGUCAUCUGGUCAAGUUGGAUCUGAGUAAGAAUCAGAUCUACGAGUUGCCCGAGUACUUUGGCCAAUUGCGCCAUUUGCGCCACUUGGACUUAUACUCGAACCAGCUGGAACGCCUCCCGGUCAGCUUAGCUCAACUCAAGCACCUCAAGUGGUUGGAUCUCAAGCAUAACCCGCUCGUGCCGGCCUUGCAGCAAGCCGCUGGACCUUGCAUCACUGCCUCGGAUUGCUCCAUGUGCGCCAAGAAGGUGGUAGUGCUUUUGCAAAGCAUGCAAAGUCAACUUGACCGGGAGCGGCAAAAGCAUGCGCUCCAAGAGCAACAAGCCGAGCAACGCCGACAAGCCCAAGCCGACGUGGAGCGCGAGCGAAUGCGGGCUAAAAAGAAGGCGGCCAAAGAACGCCGCAAGGAGGAAAACCAGGCCCAAAACGCCCGGGACAAUUAUGCGCACGAGAUGGAACGUCCUCAAGCUCGUGAGCGAGAUGGUGGCCAAGCCAAUGGCCAUGCCGCCCACUCCACCGGUUCGAGUUCCACCCGCAAUGCACCCCGCGGCUGGUGUUACUCCCUCUUCAUGGUGUUAAUGGCCUGCGUGUUCAUUAGUUUAGCUAUGGGCAUCUCCAUGAUCUGGAUCUACACUGGCGGGAAACUGGACCAACGGAACAUAGAACGCGCCUUACCCGUCAUUCGUCAAGACAUCGACGGGACCGUGAUGCAAGUGGGCCGGAAACUCGAGGACACGUUUCAGAGCGGUUUACAGAUCGCCGCUCCCUAUUGGCAGAGUCUAAAGGCCAACACUCUGUCGGCCCGAGAAGAAUUUUGGCGCCGCCAGAACCUCGUGUCCACUUACGUGAAUAAGAAUCUGGGUCCCACGGCGUGCGCUUACGGGAAUCAGUUGAAGGCCCAUCUCAUUUGGUUGCGGAGUCUGUUGAUUGACGCUUGGCUCCGAGUAAAGCCUCAGUUGAUAGAGUUUUGGGUGGGCAUCCGGCCUCAUUUAAUACAAAUGGGUGAAUACAUAAUGGAGCGUCUUCGUCAAAGCAUGUUUUGGUUGGAGACCAAUGGGCCCAUUUUCUUGGCGUGGUGUCAACGCCAAUGGACCAUAGGCUACCAGACCGUAGCUCAAGCCGUUAAUGGAGUGAUCAAUGGUUGAAUUUCGAGCAUGGAUGCCAGUAAUAUAUACAUAUAUGCGUUCCA